UUCUGGGUUAAGGAUCAGAACUCGCCUGUCGAUAGCCUUCCCGAGGACACCACACACGAGAUGUACAGCCACCUCCGCGGCAAGGCCCUGUCGCAACGUGAAGUUGCAGCCACAGGCACUUGCCCUUACGACAUGGAUGUUCUUUACCAAUUCUGGUCGCACUUCCUGAUUCGCAACUUCAACUCGAGCAUGUACGCCGAGUUCCGUCAUCUUGCCUUUGCCGACGCUGCUCAGCGUCACAAUUCUACUGGCAUUGCCAACCUUAUCAAGUACUAUAGCGAGGCAUUGGCCAGCCAGAUCCCUAUCCGCGAGCGUGUGGGACGUCACUUUAUCGAGCUUCUCCAGUCUGAGAAGGCUGGUGGUGAGCGUGUAGCUUUCAACCAGCUUCGUGAAUCAUGGAGAAGCACUGCAUUCAACGUCAACAACCGCAAGAAGUUCGGUGACAUGAUCGACGCUGACCUCAAGGCCGAGCUUGAG